AACAGGUCACAUAUGGUCACUCUCCAGAAGCCUCUGUCCAACUCCGAUCACUCAAAUUAUUGAAACAUGUCACAUUUAGUCACUCGAAUUACUGAAACGUGUCGAUUGGACGAAAAUUUAACGGGAGAGUGAAAAAUACGAAAUGGUUAAUUGAACUAUCCAAGCCCAACAACUCUCUUAUGGUGAUCCGACUAAUAAAACCAACUGCUGGACCAGCCACAGCCCAGUACCCAGUAUACUUCCCUUUAAAAGUAUCGGGCCCGUAUCAUAAACAAUGCAGGCCGGGCCCAGUUCUUAUGUUUACUUCUGAGUCCGGGUCUUAUCGACGCAUCUUCCCCUCUCUGUCCUCCGAUCAUCGUUCCGGCAUAUCUUUCCCCGGCGUUCUCCAGCGGUCGAUAAGCUGCUUUUUUAUAUCUCUGGUUCCUCUUUACUUCUUCGCCGCAGACCGUGAAUCGCUCCUUUCAACAAACGCAAACUUUAUCGAAGAACCCAACAAGAUCCCGGCUUCGUUUCCGCUACCGCGGCUCUUACAUUUCCAGUGGUUAGUUAUCUCAAUCAGUUAAAUCUUCGAUUUCCUUGAUUUCAAUUCUGCACAUAGAUAUAAUUAUUUUUUUCCGGGGGUGGGUUCUGUUUAUCUCAAUUUGUUGCAUUUCGUUUCACACAGAAAAACUCGAAUGCAUUUAGGGAUAUACAGGGUAGUGAACGUAGAAGAGUAAGUGGCAGAAAAGGCCAAGUCUUUCCCAUGAACAACUGGAAUGAAUCUUCUUCCUAGAGUUCUGUCUCGUAAGCUUUGUUCACGCUGCUCGUCCUAUUCAACAUCUUCUUUCUCAUGGAUAUCUCCCCUGCAAGAUGCCGAUUCCGUCAAAGACCCCCCACCCAAAACUCAUAGCAGUCUACUCGAGAGAAGACGCAGGAGUAGUAGUAAAUUCAUAUCGCAUGACUCUGCAGUGACCUUAAUCCAAGCCGAGAGAGAUCCCCAGCUUGCACUGGAACUAUUCAACAGGGUAGGUGAGCAAGAUGGGUUCAAUCACAAUCAUGCUACCUAUUCCACUAUGCUGCACAAGCUCGCCAGGUCCAGGAAGUUCGAUGCUGUCGAUGCAGUCCUCCAUCAGAUGACCUACGAGACCUGCGAGUUUCACGAGACCGUGUUCCUCGACCUGAUGAGCCAUUUCUCCAAGUCCAUGAUGCACGAUCGAGUGGUGGAGAUGUUCUACGCGAUUCAGAAGAUUACUCGUGCUAAGCCCUCGCUCAAAGCUGUGAGCACCUGCCUUAAUCUCUUGAUCGAAUCACAGCAGGUUGGUCUGGCCAGGAGUUUCCUUGUGAAUGUCAAGAAGCAUCUCGAUUUGAGGCCGAAUACUUGCAUUUUCAACAUCUUGGUUAAGCAUCACUGCAGGGUUGGUGAUCUUGAAUCCGCCCGUGAAGUGAUGAAGGAGAUGAAAAGAUCGGAGCUUUCUUAUCCCAACUUAGUCACCUACUCCACUCUCAUGGAUGGCCUUUGUCGGCAUGGCAGACUCAAAGAAGCAACUGAUAUGUUCGAGGAGAUGGUGUCGGAGCAUCAGAUCGUGCCUGAUGCUCUAACAUACAAUGUGUUAAUAAACGGGUUUGUUCAAUCUGGAAAAGUCGAUCGAGCCAGGAAAAUAAUCGAGUUCAUGAAGAGCAAUGGAUGCACACCAAACCUAUUCAACUACUCAACCCUAAUGAAUGGGUUCUGCAAGGAAGGUAAAGUGACUGAAGCCAAAGACGCUUUUCAGGAAAUGAAGACUGUAGGGUUAAGACCCGACACAGUUGGCUAUACGACAUUGAUUAAUUGCUUAUGCAGAAGCGGAAGACCCGACGAAGCCCUGGUGUUGCUUCAAGAGAUGAAGGAAACACAGUGUAGACCCGAUGUUGUGACAUAUAAUGUAUUACUGAGAGGGUUCUGCGAAGAAGGAAGGUUCGGUGAUGCUCUAGGGAUGUUGAAGCAGGCAGCCUGUGAAGGAGUUUACUUGAACAAAGGGAGUUACAGGAUCGUUUUGAACUGCUUGUUGAAGAGAGGUGAAUUGGAGAAAGCUGCUGUGUUGUUGGGUGUGAUGCUUGAUAAAGGAUAUUUGCCACAUUAUGCGACUUCAAACGAGCUGUUGGCGAAACUAUGCGAGGAAGACAGGGCGUAUGAUGCAGAGAUGGCAUUGUUAAGGUUGGCAGAAGCUGGGUUCAAACCUGGAGCCGAGUCUUGGGGUUGUUUGGUUGAGUUAGUCUGUAGAGAGAGAAAGUUGCUUGCUGCAUUUGAGCUGCUUGAUUCGCUGGCAGAAGGGUAAGCCCUUAUUCUUCAUUCUUUAUCAGAGAUUAAGAAGAUGAAUUUAUUAAGACCUUUUGCAGAGAUUAAUUAAACUCCUAUUGCAUUA